AUGGGCGUCGAAAACCCAAUCCUCCCCCAAAAGGGCAAGAACAACAUCCUCGUGACGAGCGCCUUGCCCUAUGUCAACAAUGUCCCCCACCUGGGCAACGUUGUAGGCAGUGUCCUGAGCGCCGACGUCUAUGCGCGCUUCAGCAAGCUUCGCGACCGCCCGACACUGUACAUCUGCGGCACAGACGAGUACGGCACUGCGACCGAGACCAAGGCCCUCGAGACGGGACAAACUCCCAAGGAGCUUUGCGAUGAAUUCCACGCGAAACACAAGGCCGUCUACGACUGGUUCGAGAUCGGCUUCGACCACUUUGGCAGGACCUCCACGCCAAAACAGACAGAAAUUGUGCAAGACAUCUUCUGGAAGCUGCACAGCAAUGGAUUCCUAGAGGAGCGCACCACGAAGCAGCCAUACUGCGAGAAACACGAGGCCUUUCUGGCGGACCGCUUUGUAGAGGGAACUUGCCCAAAGUGUCAGUACGACGAUGCACGUGGUGAUCAGUGCGACAAAUGCGGUUCGCUGUUAGACCCCUUUGAGCUGAUCAACCCUCGCUGCAAGGUGGACAACGCCACACCAGUCCCGCGCGAUACGAAGCAUCUCUUCUUGUCGCUGGACAAGCUGCAGCCCGAGGUCGAGGCAUGGUUCGAGAAAAUGCACGAAAAGUGGUCGGCCAAUGGUGUCGCCAUCACCAAGGCCUGGCUGAAAAGGGGACUCGAAGGACGCAGUAUCACCCGUGAUCUGAAGUGGGGUGUCCCAGUACCUCUGGACGGCUUUGAGAACAAGGUCUUCUACGUGUGGUUUGACGCCUGUAUCGGAUACCCUUCGAUCACAGCCUCGUACACGGACGACUGGGAGAAGUGGUGGAAGAACCCCGAGGAAGUUAAGCUAUAUCAGUUCUUGGGCAAGGACAACACCCAAUUUCAUUCCAUCAUCUUCCCUGCAUCCCAGAUUGGCACCCGUCAGGGCUGGACUAUGCUGCACAGACUCUCGACUACGGAGUACCUCAAUUAUGAGAACGGCAAGUUCUCGAAAUCUCGCGGCAUCGGUGUUUUCGGCAACCAAGCCGAAGAAAUUGGUAUCUCACCUUCCGUUUGGCGAUACUACCUCCUUUCCAACCGGCCCGAGACGAGCGAUACUCAAUUUGAGUGGAACGCCUUCGCACAGGCCAACAACAACGAGCUGCUGGCCAAUUUUGGCAACUUUGUCAAUCGUGUUGUCAAGUUUGUCAAUGCCAAGCUUGACGGUGUGAUUCCGGAAUAUUCACUCGAGUACAAGGACGAGACCUUUGACUUCAGCGCGUGGGUCGCCAAUGUCAACAAGCUGCUGGGCGAGUACACCGAUAUCAUGGAGGGCGUCCAUCUCCGUGAGGGCGCCAGGAAGAUUUUGGAGAUCAGCAGCGAGGGCAACAAUUUGCUGCAGUACCGCCUCGACAACACUUGUCUGACGGAGCAACCCCAGCGCACAUACCUUGUCAUUGGUCUCGCGCUCAACCUCUGCAAGCUUCUGGCCUCCAUCUGCUCUCCUUACAUGCCCAGCACCGCCGAAUCAAUCUGUCAGCAGCUCAACACCACGCUCGGAUCCAUCCCUGACACGUGGACGCCCGAUACACUCAAGCCCGGUCACAAGCUCAACAAGGCUACGUAUCUCUUCUCCAGGAUCGAGGACAAGAAGCUAGCCGAGUGGAAAGAGCAGUUCGGUGGAAGCGCGGAGUCGCGUGCGGCUGAAGCCGCAGCUAAGAAGAAGAAGCAAGAGGACAAGGAGAGGGAGAAGGAGAGGAAGAAGGCCAAGAAGGCUGCCAAGGCGGCCGAAGCGGCCAAGGCUGCUGUGAACAAGGUGUCGGAGGCUGUCGCAGGCCAAAAGGUAGUGUCCGAAGGUGCUGAUGUCGCGGCGAGCGAAGGCAAGGCUGUGGACGAAGGAUCUGCUGCUGGUGGCAUGUCGACUGCCUCAGCAGAGGUCACAAAGGAUCUCCCCAUCCGGGGCAAGCCUCAAUGA